AACAAGCAAAAAUAGUGCUUUUCGUUGUAUAUGGGUAGAUCUGACAACAGUAAAUCAAUCCAUCUAACGCAUGUUUGUGUUGACAGCUCCAGUGGUCAUAGGGACCGAUCGCCCUCUCCACCCUCCACGCCCAGCACACACUCCCAACAGACGAGGCGAGCUUGCAUGGCAAUAAGGAAAGCUGACAGGAACCUGAAGCAGCUCGAAGAUUUCCAGUCCAGCCCUGUGAAGACCAAGGUGCAGCAUGAGUCUGAAGACGUGGUGCUGGUGGGUGUGUUACCAACUGUUCCCCCCACUCCCCGGGAGAUUACAGUCAAAGUCCGUUAUCGGGGAGAAAUCUACCGAGUGCCGAUGAGGGUGGUGAGUGACUUAGUCGUCUUCAUUUCUCACAUCCCUGUGUUAGUCCCCAAACAAAUCCCAUUGCCCUGCUCUCUUUCCCCACAGCACUGUAUCAAUCCCCAAACUAAUCCCACUCCCCUGCUAUCCCUCCCCAUUUCCCUCUCCAUUGCCCUGUAAUAAUCCCUGACCUAUUCCCACUACAUCGCUCUCUCUCCAUUGCCCUGUAUUAAUACCCAAACUAAUCCCACUGCAUCACUCUCUCUCCAAUGUCCUGUAUUAAUCCCUGAACUAAU